GCAUCACCGGCAGCAUCACCGGCAGCAGCCGCGGAUCCGCGCCCGGUGGAACGUUCCCGCACCGAGCCCGGCGCUCCCGCCGAGCCCGCCCGGCCCGAACCUUCCGGCGACGCGGGAGGAGGAGCCGCCGGGGGAGGUGACCGGGACCGGAGUGGGGUGAGCCCGGAAAGGCGACCGGGGCAGGGGUGCGGUGAGCCCGGCAAGGUGACCGGGACAGGGGUGCGGUGAGCCCGGCAAGGUGACCGGCACCAUGCUCCGGCUCGGCUCGGCCACGCUCGGGGCUCUGCUGGGAGCGCUCCGGGGCCGGGCCCCCUUCUUCUUCCGCUCCGCCACCCCCCCGCAGCCCGCGAUCGCCGCCAAGGAGCCCUUCCCGGUGGAGCUGAAGGCGGGCAAGAAGUACGCGUGGUGCUCGUGCGGGCACAGCAAGCGCCAGCCCUUCUGUGACGGCUCCCACAUGAAGGCGGCCCCGGGGAUGUCCCCGCUGCGCUUCACCCCCCAGGAGGACGGGCCCGCCUGGCUCUGCGGCUGCAAACGCACCCAAAACCCCCCGUACUGCGACGGCACCCACAACGGGGAGGAGGUGCAGGGGGCCCCCCUGCCCCCCCAGCCCUGACGUGGAGCCCACGGGAGCUCGGGACCACCGGGAUGCACUCGGGACCACCGGGAUGUGCAUCCCACUGGAGGGCACGGAGGGAGGGGGGAGAUGCUGAGCCCCCACCCCGAUUAAAUCUGAAUUACUGAGGAGCUGCAGCGAACCAGCAGCAGCUGGGAAAGAAGGAAUCCUGUGGACAGUGGGGUUUUUCAGGAGCGGUUUUGCGCUGCCAGAGCUGUGGGUGCCCGUCAGGAUGCGGGAUGGAGGGGCCUGUGGGAUUUGGGAUGGAGGGGCCUGUGGGAUCUGGGGAGGAGGGAUCUCUUAUGGAGGGACCUGUGUGAUUUGGGAUGGUCAGACCUGUGGGGUUUGGGAUGGAGGGACCCAUGGGAUUUCUUAUGGAGGGACCUGUGUGAUUUGGGAUGGUCAGACCCGUGGGGUUUGGGAUAGAGGGACCCAUGGGAUUUCUUAUGGAGGGACCUGUGUGAUUUGGGAUGGUCAGACCCGUGGGGUUUGGGAUGGAAGGACCCACGGGAUUUGGGAUGGAGGGACGCAUGGGAUGCAGGCCAGAGGGACUUUUGGGAUUGGGGAUGGAGGGACCUGUGGAAUUUGGGAUGGAAUGGCUUGUGGCAUGCAGGACAAAGAAACCUGUGUGAUUUGGGACAGAGGGACCUGCAGGAUGCAGGGCAGAAGGACCUGUGGGAUUUGGGACAGAGGGACCCACAGGGUUUGGGACGGAAGGACCGGUGGGAUUUGGGACGGAGGCACCAGGAGCUGCCCCUGUGCAGGCGGGAAGGACAGUCUGCAGCAUUUAUUACAUUUACAAAGCUGUAUCCAUACAAAUGUGUAACCAAGAACAAUACCUGGACACCGGGCUAUCUUACAGGACAUUAAAACGCCGUACAGGAUGCAAACACA